AUGAUUAAUAGCGCACCCGCAUCGGUAAAUGCUCAUGCACGUCAAAAUAGUGAAGUAGGUMAGGUAUUGUUAUCAACGGCCGAGAUUCUCGUAUUCGACAGUCAAAAUAAACCGGUUUUGURCCGUGCGUUACUGGAUAGUGGAUCGCAGCACAAUUUUAUGACCGAGUCAUUGACCCGGCGUUUAAAUUUAAAACGAAUAAAGUCAUCGUGUUCGAUAAUCGGCAUUAAUGAUGCAUCGCAUACGUCUACGUACAAAGUAACAACUACUAUUAAAUCGCGUAUAUACGACUAUUCAUUAAAUUUGGAAUUUUUUGCACUUCCCAAUUUAACGAGCAAGUUACCGUUGAUGCCGGUUAAUCUGACAGAACUGAAGAUCCCGGUGGAUAUAAGCUUGGCGGAUCCAUCUUUACACGUGCCUAAAAAAGUAGAUAUCAUUUUAGGCGCCGAAAUAUAUUUUGAAUUACUAACUAAAGAACAAAUUCAGACAGUUUCACGGGGGCCAAUUUUCCAGGGCACUCGUUUAGGUUGGAUCAUCGCGGGACCCAUCCCUUCGCCAACAAAUCAAGCCGAAAACUCAACAUUUUCAUUAUGUACGAGCGUAAUGUCCGAAUUCGCAAAUAUAGAAAAUCAAAUUGCCGAAUUUUGGCGCUUAGAGGAGGUAAAGAAUUGCAACGUAUACACAUUAGAGGAAAAAAGGUGUAAACAACAUUUCGAGUUAAAUGUAAAGCGUGGUGAAGACGGGCGUUUUACAGUAAGUCUACCUUUUCGUGACAAUGCUCCUAGAUUAGGAAAAUCKCWUGACGUAGCCCUUCGCAGAAUGUUAUCAUUAGAACGACGAUUUCAAAYCGAUACCAAGCUCAAGGAAGAAUAUAGCAAAUUUAUGAAAGAGUACUCCGAACUUGGACUCAUGGAAAUAACGCAAAACACGAUUCCAGAUGAUAAAGGUUAUUAUUUACCGCACCAUGCAGUUCGCAACGAAAGCAGUACCAGUACUAAACUGCGCGUGGUUUUCGAUGCGUCGGCGAGAACAAGUACUGACGUAAGUCUAAAUGAUGUGCUUCUAAAGGGACCUAACGUACAAGAGGAUUUGAUCUCUAUAAUGACGUGA